AUGUCUCUUAGUAUUGGAUUAGGAAGACUAAGUGGUCUUUCAUUACCACGUCUUCCAGAAAUAAGCAUUAGAAUACCGAACCCAUUUGCAUCAAAACCUUCAUCAUCAUCAAAACCAUCAUCAUCAUCAUCACAAAUUCAAUCACAAGAAUCAGGUCCUUCCCUUAGAGAAAGAUUAGAAGAAUAUUUAUCAAAUAGACCAAUUGAAGAAAGUUUUUUCAUAGAUAAUGGAAUUUUAAAAGCUGCACCAAAACAAAGAGUUUCACCACAAAAAAGAAAACAAAAAUUAUAUGGUCCAGGUAGUAAACAAUUAAAAUUUUUACAUCAUUUAAAUCGUUGUCCUUCAUGUGGUCAUUUUAAAAGAGCUCAUACUUUAUGUAUGCAUUGUGUUUCACAAAUUCAAAGAGUUUGGAGAAGAGAUUUACAUGCAAAAGAAUCUAAAGAAACUUAUGAACAAAAAUUAGAUGAAAUUGAUAGAAGAAUUUUAUAUCCAGGUAAAGUUGAAAGUGAAUAUGAGAAAAAAUUAAAACAAAAAAGUGAAUAUGUUGAUCAUCGUUCAAGAACUUUACCAGUUGAGAAGAAGGAUAAAUAA